AUGCCUUCUAUAAUAGAGGAUGCCACUCCUCGUACCAAUUUCACUACCGUUGCAGAUGUAUUCCCCAGUCAAGCCUUAGCUGGGAGUCGCUUAAGCUACUAUGUAGCCAUCAGCGCGGUACUCUUCUGUAUCUGGUUAUUUCAGUCCGAUAAGCAGAAAUGCAGCGUCUCGGCACCUUUCUACAAGACAUCCCGAUUAAAAUGGAUGUUUAGUGCAGAUACUCUAAUCAGGGACAGCUAUUUUAAGUUUCGUGAUACUGUGUACCAGAUCAAGUCGACAGAGGGUGUGAGAACUAUCAUCCCGUCGUCGCUGGUUGGAGAGCUCAAGGGCCUCCCCGAGGAUACCUUGAGCGCGAGGACGGCUGUUGAGGAGGCCAUGCUAAGCGAGUAUACCAAUCUUUGUGCGGGCUCGCACGCUGACACGUUAUCUCUGCUCUUAAAGUGCAAGAUGACAGGACAGCUGGCUAGAAUGGCACCACAGCUAAAGGAGGAGCUUGAACACAUCGUCGCCACUGAAUUCCCUGAGUGUCAAGAAUGGACCCCCUUCAAGAUACAGCCUUUCAUGGUCCGAACGAUUGCCCGCCUAAGUGGGCGUGUCUUCGUCGGACCUCGAUUGAACCGGACAGAGGAAUGGAUGAACGUGAGCAUCAACUUUGCCAUCAUCGCCUUUAUCGCCGUCACCAAGCUGCAGUUCUUCCCACCGUGGAUGCGACCUAUAGCGCAAUACCUGGUAUCCGAACUGCGCACGAUACGGAGAGACUUGGAGAAGGCACAGGCUAUGCUUACGCCUAUUAUCGAGGAACGUAUCCGCGAUGCAGAAACGCCGGGGUACGAUAAGCCCGAUGACUUUGUCCAGUGGUUGCAGGAUGCCUUACCGGAAGAGCAGAAGACCGACUUCUACAUUCAGGGCAAGAUACAGCUACUCUUAGGUGCGGCAUCAAUCCACACGACGAGUAACCUGACGACGGAUUGCAUCUAUGACCUGGCCGUGCAUCAGGACAUGCAGGAAAUACUUCGCGAAGAAGCGCGCGAGGUAUUCUUUGACGACGAAGCAUGGGAGAGGAAGGAUAGCAUGGGCAAGCUGAAGAAACUCGAUAGUUUCAUCAAGGAGUCUCAGCGACUAUCUGGAAACGUCACAUCCUUCAUCCGCAAAGUCAUAAAGCCGAUCGACCUAUCGGAUGGAACACAUUUACCAGCAGGCACCAAUCUUCUCGCACCUAUGGCCGGUAUCGCUGUCGACCCACGGUAUUAUCCAAACCCGGAAGUCUUCGACGGGUUACGAUUCUGGAAACUCCGACAACACCAGCAUUCACCAUCGCCAUCUUCAUCCCCUUCCCCUUCCCCCUCACCCGCAGCCUUCACCGCAGCAGACGAACACACCCCGAACGCGAACGGCCGAUGGCAGUUCACCAGCAUCGGCGACACGGCGAUGAACUUCGGCCUGGGCAAGCACGCCUGCCCCGGCCGCUUCUUCGCCGGCUGCGAGAUCAAGAUGGUCCUCGCGUACCUCCUGCUGCGCUACGACAUCAAGCUGCGCGACGGCGACGGCCGGCCCCCGCCGAACAUGUUUAUGAUGACUAAGGGCCCCAGUAUGACCGCCGAGGUCCUGUUUAGGAGGAGAUCGGCUGUUUGA